AUGGAGAGUCCAACGUCUCCCAAACCCACAAUGUCCACGGAAAGCGAGUCGUCAGACACGGCCAGCGAAGCCGAGCCAUUACCAGCAAGACCAGCGGCUAGCUAUGUCAGACCUCCGAUGCGCCCUUCGACGGCGCCAUCCGAAGAGAUCUCCGGCAGCGUCUUUCUCAUAUCCGAGUCUGGCGAGCUUCUGAAGCUGCCCAUACCUUCGAACUCGCCGCGCGACCCGCUGGCAUGGACCGUCAAAACCCGAAUCGCCGCCCUCAUCAGUGUGUGCUUAUUCUCCAUGACGGCAACGGUCACACUCAACCUGCCCACUGGCAUGCAGAUUGGUCUAGCACUCGAGUUCCCAGACGAAACGCUUAAGCCUCUCGGUGCCAGGUCGCUGAGGUCCGUCAUGACCUUUUCUGCUGGUAUGGGAUACAUCAUUGCCACGCCCCUCUCCACGGCCAUUGGACGACGGCCUGUCGUGCUCAUCGCUUCGGCCACGGUAACACUCAUGACUCUAUGGGCUGCGAUGGCGGGAAACUUCUACCAGCUCAUGGCUGCUACUUGCAUUCAGGGUAUUUCGGGAGGUGCUACAUAUGCUGUGGCAAUACUGAUCAUUGUGGACGCGACCUUCAUUCACGAGCGGCCCUAUGCAUUUGCCGUCUUUUGGGCUUUCGGGACCUUCUUCGUCAACUGUCUUCACAUGGCAUUGCCGUUUUUCUUGAAGCCCAGCGUGCUCUGGCGCCCUGUGUACCUCGCAUGGUGUGGAGGCCUGCUGGCCGUCUUCAUCAUAUCCUACUGCUUCAUCCCCGAGACGUAUUUCAUCCGGCCCGCCGUUGCCCUGAACGGUAGGGUCCUGGUGCAGAGCAGCACAGAGAAGGUUCGCAUCUAUGACAGCUGGGAGGCGGUGCCCUGCGGGCCCGACUGCCCACACAACCACGACGAGACUCCAGGUCCGUCCGACUGGGCCCUGCGACGCAAGAUUGAGCGCGCGCCAGGCACGCAGUGGGAGUCAGGCUUGGUGGUGUACGCGCAGAUGCUGCUGUGCAUGUGCAACCCGCUGCUGGUGUGGGUCUCGCUGCUCUCGGCGACGAUCCUCAGCGGCGUCAUCUUCACGACGCUGAUGCUCGAGGAGCACUUUGAGCACAAUCUGCCGCGCGACGAGGUGAGGAUGUCGGGCGUGUACCGCGGCGCGGCGGCCAUCGUCGGGUCGCUCCUCGCCAUCCCGGCGUCGGGUCCGCUCAUCAGCCUGUCGAUCAGGUACUUCACGCUGCGCAACGGCGGCACGCGGCACGCCGAGGUGUACCUCCCGGGCUUCGUGCUCCCGGUGCUCUCGAGCGCCCUCUGCCAGGUCCUUCUUGCCAUGGGGUCCAGCUCGGGCGGUUCGGCCGUGCUGUACUACGUGUCGUACGGGCUCUGCAUGUUCAGCUACGUGUCGGGCGAGGUGGCGGUCGUCUUGUGGAUCAUCGAGGCGUUCCCGCCGUGGGCGUCGGCGUCGCUGGCGGUGCAGUACUUUGUGCGGGACAUGGUGGCGUUUGGAAUCGGAAUCAACCUCAUGGCGUGGGUGAAGAAGGAGGUCAGCGUGCAGUCGAGCCUCGUGAUUCUGGCGCUGGUGCUGGUCAUUGGAGCGCUUGCGGUGCCGAUUGUGUUUUGGGGCAAGACGGUGCGGCAGUAUAUUCACGGAAAAUGGAGCGAGUCGACCAAAGGGGCGAUUCGGCCUCGAUGA